AUCCCCAAUAUAUUUGACACGAAUUUGCCGAACAAUAGCGGCCAAGAAGUGGUCACUGACUGCGCGUUCAGGCGUUUACCGAAGUAUACGAUCGUAAAGCAGUUAUACGAACCGCAAGUGUUGAGUUCUAUAUCGGAUCGUAAACUCCUCAAGUCGUUCACACUCUAUGAGGACUACUUUCCCGACAUAUACUGGAAUCUGACGGAGAUUUUGACCAAAAAUCAGAUGCAAAUUCAGCUGCGGUUCAGUCAUACGGCCGAACCGGCGGCCAAAGACUCCGUACCCGAAGCCCUGUGUAUAGAUGUGAACCACAUUCGCGUCUACACUCACUCGGCUGGAGGUCAGGUGUGGUGCCGGCCGUACGACGUGAGCCAAUACUGUCGAUUGGGUCUCAACAAUAUCGAGUUCUUCCUCUCCUCCGCAAAAAGUGAAUACCUUUUACCGACACUUUUUGAGGUCAGUAUCGUUACGCUUGUCUGCCUGGUUAGCAAACAGCUUAUAAACUGGCGGCUAAGGCCCGUGGCCACCUGGCGGCUGCUCUGAUUUCGCAAUUAAUUGGCUUUUAAACCGGUGUUAAGUCUACUGCUGCCCUAAUCACUAUUGGAGGACUCAAUACAAGUGUCACUCAUGUGUCCGGUAAGUCAACGCCGUUUGCGAAUCCCGUGCCGGACAGUCACGUGUCAGCACAUCGAGUGCUUCGACGGUCAGUCAGUAUUUGCAGUCAACGAAUGGCGAUCGGAGUGGUUGUGUCCCAUAUGUCAGGCGCCGGCCGACACGUCCCACAUCCGAGUGGACACCUAUUUUGAGGCAGUUUUGGCCAAAACCUCGGAGUUUGUGACCACUAUUUGUGUCAAAAGUGACGGCAAUUACGUAAUCUGCGGACGUUUUGACGGACAAGUGAUGCAAUUGAUGGACGAAGAAGUGAUGGCCAGCAGUGGUAAUAGCGAUGACAACGAUUGUAUUUCAACGGAGCGAACGCUUCCUAAGAGUACGGACAGUCACACCACAGCCAAUGAGCAGCCAAUGACCGACACAACAACACCACCGCCGCCACAGACACCCACACCGACGGCCACUAUCACCACCUGGUCCUCCGCCGCCGCGGCCGACACGUGUCAACGACUCCAUCAGCUGAUCAACAACUUCACUAUAUGUGAGCUCAAAGAGGUCCUAAAGGAGUUCCGGUGGACGCCUCACAGGAAGAAUAAGGCGGGAGUGUUGUCACGGGUUCAUCAGCUGAUCGAUUGGCACAACAUUAAUGUCGACCGCCUGUCACUUGUGGUCAAUGAUAUACACGAACGCAAAGCCAGGCGGCGGUCAUCGGGGAAGAGGUCUUCGGCGGGUGGGCACUCUUAUGGACAGCCGAAGAGACCGAACGCACCGCAUAGUGGGAAUCACGCGGUCAUAUUGACACCCACUGGCCGUAUCUUUGUCUGUCCGCCGCCGCUGUCGCCCAUCGCCGAUACAGUUGACACCCAUUUGUCGAACAAUAGCGGCCAAGAAGUGGUCACUGACUGCGCGUUCAGGCGUUUACCGAAGUAUACGAUCGUAAAGCACUUACACGAACCGGAAGUGUUGACCACUAUAUCGGAUCGCGUGAUCCGCAAGUAUUUCACUCUCUAUGAGGACUACUUUCCCGACAUAUACUGGAAUCUGACGGAGAUUUUGACCAAAAAUCAGAUGCAAAUACAACUGCGGUUCAGUCGUACGGCCGAACCGGCGGCCAAAGACUCCGUACCCGAAGCGCUGUGUAUUGAUAUGAACGGCACUCGUGUCUACACACACACGGCUGAUGGCCAGCAAUGGUGUCGGCCGUACGACGUGAGCCAAUACUGUCGAUUGGGUCUAAACCACAUCCAGUUCUCCCUCUCCUCCGCAAAAAGUAAAUACAUUUUGCCCACACUUUUUGAGAUCAGUAUCGUUACGGAACUGACGGACCAAUCGUUUGUCGAAUAUUUGACCGCCGAUUCCGGGCACCGGUUGACCGCCGAUGAGACUAAAGCGUUGAUUGGCCGAAAAUGUGGCCACAAUUCAGGUGAUGACUGGAUCUGUGUAUUAGAGGACUCAAUACAAGUGUCACUCAUUUGUCCGGUAAGUCAACGCCGAUUGCGGAUCCCGUGCCGGGCAGUCACGUGUCAGCACAUCGAGUGCUUCGAUGGCCAGUCAUUAUUUGCGGUCAACGAAUGGCGGUCAGAGUGGUUGUGCCCCAUAUGUCAGGCGUCGGCCGACGCGUCUGACAUUCGAGUGGACACCUAUUUUCAGAAAGUUUUGACCGAAACCUCAGAGUCUGUGACCACUAUUCGCGUGAAAAGUGAUGGCAAUUACGUAAUCGGCGGCCGUUUUGACCGACAAGUGAUUGAAUUGUUGAACAACGAAGAAGUGAUGGCCAGCAGUGAUAAUAAUGAAGACAACGAUUUCACACCGCAGUCAAUGACCGACACAACAAUACCACCGCUGCCGCCACUAAGACCGAUACCGAUGGCCCACACCAUCACUACCGCUGGGUCCGCCACCACUACAACGCCCGCCGCGACCGACAAUUAUCAACGACUCCAUCAGCUGAUCGCCGAUUUCACUAAACGCGAGCUCAAAGAGGUCUUAAAGGAGUUCCAUUGGAGGCUCGGCGGGAAGAAUAGGGGGAUAGUGUUGUCAUGGGUUCAACAGCUGAUCGACGGGCGCGACGUCGAUGUCGACCGCCUGUCACUUGUGGUCAAUGAUAUACACGAACGCAAUAACUGGCGGCGGUUAUCGAGGAAGAGGUCAUCAGAUAAUGGUCACACUAAUGGACACCCGAAGAGACCGCAGAGUGGGAACUGCUUGUUGAUAGUGACGCCCACGCCUAUCAUUAUCUGUCCGCCGCCGCUGUCGCCGAUCGCCAAUCGAUUUGACACCAAUCUGUCGGACAAUAGCGGCCAAGAAGUGGUCACUGACUGCGCUUUCAGGCGUUUGCCGAAGUAUACGAUCGUAAAGCAGUUACGCGAACCGCAAAUGUUGACCUCUAUAUCGGAUCGCGAGAUCCGCAAGUAUUUCACUCUCUCUGUGGAAUACUUUCCCGACAUGUACUCCAAUCUGACGGAGAUUUUAACCAAAAAUCAGAUGCAAAUACAGCUCCGGUUAAGUCGUACGGCCGAACCGGCGGCCGAAGACUCCGUACCCGAAGGCUUGUGUAUUGAUGUGAACGACACCCGCGUCUACACUCACUCGGAUGAUGGACAGCAACGGUGUCGGCCGUACGACGUGAGCCAAUACUGUCGAUUGGGUCUCAAUAACAUCCACUUCUUCCUCUCCACCGCAAAAAGUGAAUACCUCUUAACCACACUUUUUGAGGUCAGUAUCGUUACGGAACAGACGGACCAAUCGUUUGUCGAAUAUCUGAUCGCCGAUUCCGGGAACCGGUGGACCGCCGACGAGACUAAAGCGUUGAUUCGCGGAAAAUUUAGACACAAUUUGGGUGACGACGGGAUCUGUGUUUUGGAGGACUCAAUACAAGUGUCACUCAUGUGUCCGGUAAGUCGACGCCGAUUGCGGAUCCCGUGCCGGACAGUCAAGUGUCAGCACAUCGAGUGCUUCGACGGCCAGUCAUUUUUCGCAGUCAAUGAAUUGCGGUCGGAGUGGUUGUGUCCCAUAUGUCAGUCGCCGGCCGACACGUCCCACAUCCGAGUGGACACCUAUUUUGAGACUGUUUUGGUCGAAACCUCAGAGUCUGUGACCACUAUUCGCGUGAAAAGUGAUGGCAAUUACGUAAUCUGCGGUCGUUUUGACGGACAAGUGAUACAAUUGUUGAACAACGAAGAAGUGAUGGCCAGCACUGGUGAUAGUGAUGACAACGAUUCAAACCCGUCGGACACUACCAUCGGAUCCAGUCUUCGGGCAAUGGAGACAACGGCCAGCGGUUCCAACAGUACGGACAGUCACACCGCAGCCAAUGAACAGCCAAUGACCGACACGACAGCACCGCCGGGACCGACACCGGGACCGACACCGGGACCGACCGCCACUAUCACCGCCGCGGCUGACAAAUGUCAAGUAUUGCCAUCAGGCAAGAGGUCAUCGGCCAGUGGUGCGAACGCUAACACCCUAUCAAUUGGUCCGUCCACUCACUUAACCCUGCACUCUAAUGGCGACGACGGCAGCGGACCGCAGCCGAAGAGACCGCACACUAUGGACCACUCGCCGCCCACUGUCCCCAUCAAUGUCUGUCAGUCGCCGAUUGCCAGUCCAUCGGACAUGAAUUUGUCGGACAAUAGCAGCCAAGAAGUGGUCACUGACUGCGCGUUCACGCGUUUACCGAAGUAUACGAUCGUAAGGCAGUUAUACGGACCGCGAGUGUUGACCUCUAUAUCUGAUGCCGUGAUCUGGAAGUCAUUCACACUCUAUGAGGACUACUUUCCCGACAUAUACUUCUUGGCGGACAAGAGUUUGUCGAAAAUUCUGGUCAAAAAUCGGAUGCAAAUACAGCUGCGGUUCAGUCGUACGGCCGAACCGGCGGCCAAAGACUCCGUACCCGAAGGCUUGUGUAUUGACGUGAACGACACCCGCGUCUACACUCACUCAUCUGAUGGCCAGCAAUGGUGUCGGCCGUACGACGUGAGCCAAUACUGUCGACUCGGUCUGAAUGACAUCCAGUUCUCUCUGUUCUCCAAAAACAAUGGAUACUUUUUGCCGACACUUUUUGAGGUCAGUAUCGUUAAGGAACUGACGGACCAAUCGUUUGUUGAAUAUUUGACCGCCGAUUCCGGGCACCGCUUGACCGACGACGACACUAAAUCGUUGAUUGGCCGAAAAUUUGGCCACAAUUUGGGUGACGACGGGAUCAGUGUAUUGGAGGACUCAAUACAAGUAUCACUCAUGUGUCCGGUAAGUCAACGCCGACUGCGAAUCCCGUGCCGGACAGUCACGUGUCAGCACAUCGAGUGCUUCGACGGCCAGUCAUUUUUCGCGGCCAACGAAUGGCGGUCGGAGUGGUUGUGUCCCAUAUGUCAGGCGUCGGCCGACACAUCCGCCCUUCGAGUGGACUCCUAUUUGCAAAACGUUUUGGUCAAAACACCGGCGUUUGUGACCACUAUUCGCGUCAAAAGUGACGGCAAUUACGUAAUCGGCGGCCGUUUUGGCGGACAAGUGAUUCAAUUGUUAGACGACUCGGAGACGGACGAAGAAGUGAUGGUCAGUAGCGUGAGGGCAGAGACGCUGUGGGAGAAGUCGAAGAAUAAACAUCUACUUCUGAAGAGAUUCCAUAGACUCAUCACUCGCUUCACCACACGUGAGCUCAAAGAGGUCUUAACGGUGUUCCACUGGACGUACAACAAGAGCGACAUUUGGAGGUUACUGUUAUCGCGCGUCCAACAGCUGAUCGACUCGCCCGACGUCGAUGUCCAACGCUUGUCACGCGUGAUCCCAUCUAUUCAUAAACGCAAAGCUCACCGCAAGGACCGCCGCCGGAUGGCCAAGAAGUCGGCCAAGAAUUAUCGCGUUAAUGGCGGACAACGACUGCGGCCGCCGUCGGCGAAGAGACAACGCGUGAUAUCACCACCGAUUGGGAAUCGCUCGGAGAUAACGCCCCCAAUUGUACACAAUAAUCACGACACCGAUUCCUGGCCUUUGCCUUUCCCUUUGCCUUACGAUACGUUGGACACAGAUUUGUUGCCACCCGCGGCCACCAGCGACCAGGAAGUGGUCACCGCCUAUGCGUUCAGACCGUUGCCGAAGUAUACGAUCGUAAAGCGGUUGCACGAGACGGAAGUGUUGCCCUCGAUCUCUGAUCGCGGCGUUCGAAAGACAUUCCUAGUCUUUGAGAAAGACUUUGCGGGCAAAUAUUGGCCGGCGGACAGAAAUUUGAAGAAAAUUUUGGCCAAAAAUCGGAUGCAAAUACAGCUGCGGUUCAGUCAUACGGCCGAACCGGCGGCCAAAGACUCCGUACCGGAAGCGUUGUGUAUUGUGGUGAACGGCGCCCGUAUCUACACCUAUUCCGAUGACCAGCAGUGGUGCCGGCCGUUCGACGUGAGCCGAUACUGUCGAUUGGGUUCUAACGACAUGUGGUUCAGUCUCUCCUCUAAAAACAGUGAAUAUGUUUUGCCCACACUUUUCGAAGUUAGUAUUGUUAGGGAAUUGACGGACCAAUCGUUUGUCGAAUAUUUGACCGCCGAUUUCGGGCAUCGCUUGACCGCCGACGAGACUAAAGCGUUGAUUGGCCGAAAAUUUGGCCACCAUUCAGGUGACGACGGGAUCAGUCUAUUGGAUGAUUCCAUACAAGUGUCACUCAUGUGUCCGUUAAGUCAACGCCGACUGAGAAUCCCGUGCCGGACAGUCGACUGUCAGCACAUCGAGUGCUUCGACGGCCAGUCAUUUUUCGCGGCCAACGAAUGGCGGUCGGAGUGGUUGUGUCCCAUAUGUCACGCGUCGGCCGACACAUCCGCCCUUCGAGUUGACACUUAUUUUCAGAACGUUUUGGCCGAAACACCGAAGUCUGUGACCACUAUUUGCGUAAAAAAUGACGGCAAUUAUGUAAUCGGUGACCGUUUUGGCGGACAAGUGAUUCAAUUGAUAGACGACUCGGCAAAUUUGAAACAACAGUUGCGGACAUCAAACCCGGUGUUGGACACAAUAGCAUCGGAUCCGGGCUCAGGCAAGUGGGCAGCGAUGCUGAGGGAUAAGUCAUUUUACAUGUACCCAUGUCUGGGGACUUUACACCAACUGAUCACUCGCUUCACCAAACGUGAGUUCAAACAGGUCUUAGAGGAGUUCCAGUGGACGUACACCGGGAGCGACAUUUGGCGGCCAAUGUUAUCGCGUGUCCAACAGCUCAUCGACUCGCCCGACACAGAUGUCUAUCAUGUGUAUCACGUGAUCCAAUCUAUUUAUAAACGCAAAGUUCGCCGUAAGGACCGACGGAUGGCCAAGAAGUCGGCCAACAAUGAUGGCGUUAAUGGCGGACAACCACUGCGGCCGCCGUCGCCGAAGAGAGAACGCUUGAUAUCAUCACCGAUUGGGAAUCUCUCGGAGAGAUUGUCCCCAACUGUACUCUUCAAUUAUGCCAUUGAGACACUGCCUUUGGUCACCGCCGAUAUUUCGGACACAGAUUUGUCGCCACCCGCGGACACCAGCGACCAGGAAAUGGUCACCGCCUAUGCGUUCAGACCGUUGCCGAAGUAUACGGUCGUAAAGCGGUUGCUCGAGACGGAAGUGUUGCCAUCGAUCUCCGAUCGCGGAGUCUUAAAGACAUUCCUACUCUUCGAAUAUUUUCCUGCGGACAUAAAUUUUGCCACAAUUUUGUACAAAAAUCAGAUGAAAAUUCAGCUGCGGUUCAGUCAUACGGCCGAACCGGCGGCCAAAGACUCAGUACCCGAAGCCUUGUGUAUUCAUUUGAACGGCACCCGUGUCUACACCUAUUCCGAUGACCAGCAGUGGUGUCGGCCGUACGACUUGAGUCAAUGGUGUCGAUUGGUUAAUAUCGUUAAGGAAUUGACGGCCCAAUCGUUCAUUUCAUUAUUGACCAGCGAUUCGGAAAACUGGUUGACAACCAAUGCGACCAAUGUGUUGAUUGGCCGCAGAGUUGGCCACAACGCCGGUGACGACGGGAUCAGUCUAUUGGAUGACUCCAUACAAGUUUCACUAAUGUGUCCGUUAAGUCAACGCCGACUGCGAAUCCCGUGCCGGACAGUCACGUGUCAGCACAUCGAGUGCUUCGACGGCCAGUCAUUUUUCGCGGCCAACGAAUGGCGGUCGGAGUGGUUGUGUCCCAUAUGUCAGGCGUCGGCCGACACAUCCGCCCUUCGAGUGGACACCUAUUUUCAGAAAGUUUUGGCCAAAACACCGGAGUCUGUGACCACUAUUCGCGUGAAAAAUGGCGGCAGUUAUGUAAUCGGCGGCCGUUUUGACGGACAAGUGAUUCAAUUGAUGGACGACUCGGAGACGGAUGAAGAAGUGAUGGCCAGCAAGCACGAUUGCCAAAACAAUAAUCAUUAUGAUCCGUUGAACACAACCCGUCGGACAAUGGAUCCAAUCUUCGGGAAGAUGUCAUCCUUACUCAAGACACACACACUAUGGCAGUCGACAUAUCUGACCGCAGGAGCGCCACCACCACCGGCGCCGCCACCGAUGCCCACUACCACUACCGCCGGGUCGGCCGCCACCACAAUGGCAGCGAUGCUGAAGUCGGGGGCGUUUGAUAAGUACCCACCCGUAAACACAGGGGCGCCACCGCCUACUCUACCGCCACCGAUGGCCACCAAAAUCAUCGCCGCGGCCGACAAGUGUCAACGACUUCAUCAGCUGAUCGACGACUUCACAAAACGUGAGCUCAAAGAAGUGUUAGCGGAGUUCCGGUGGAAGUAUAGCGCGGCGGACAAUAGGGCGGCGCUGUUAUCGCGGUGCCAACAGCUGAUCAACUCGCCCGACAUCGAUGUCAAACACUUGUCACACGUCAUCCGAACUAUAGAUAAGCGCAAAGCGAACCGAAAGGAGCGCCGGACGGCCAAGAGGUCAGUGGCCAACGGUGGUGUUAAUGGCGACCGACAGAGACCGCCAACACCUCAUCCAUCGAAGAAGAAGAAGAAACAACGCCUGAAUCCACCACUCAUUGCGAACCGCACGCAGAUAUUGCCCCCCACUGUACCCAUUGAUAGCGUCAACACUUCACCGCCGGUCGCCAUCAAUACAUCGGACACUCAUUUGUCGCCACCGCCGGACAUAAGCGGUCAAGAAGUGGUCACUGGCUUUGCGUUCAGACCGUUGCAGAAGUUUACGCUCGUCAAGCGGUUGCACGAGACGGAAGUGUUGCCAUCGAUCUCCGACCGCAGAGUCUUGAAGACAUUCUUUGUCAAUGAGAACGACUUUAAUGAUAAACGCUUUACUGUCGACACAAAUUUGCCCACAGUUUUGGCCAAAAAUCAGAAACAAAUUCAACUCCGAUUUACACAUACGGCCGAACCGGCGGCCAAAGAUUCCGUACCCGAAGCCCUGGGUAUUGAUGUGAACGGCACUCGUGUCUAUACCUAUUCCGCUGACCAGCAGUGGUGCCGUCCGUACGACUUAAGCCAAUGGUGUCGAUGGGGUCGUAACGAUAUACAGUUCUUCCUGUCCUCUAAGAACAAUGAAUAUCUAUUGCCGACCCUUUUUGAGAUCAAUAUCGUUACGGAACUGACGGACCAAUCGUUCAUUGCUUUAUUGACCGCCGAUUCGCGGCACCGGUUGACCAUCGAUGCGACCAAAGCUUUGAUUCGUCGCAAAAUUGGCCACAAUUCCGGUGACGACGGGAUCAGUCUAUUGGAUGACUCUACACAAGUAAGCCAACGCCGUUUGCGGAUCCCGUGCCGGACAGUCGACUGUCAGCACAUCGAGUGCUUUGACGGCCAGUCCUUAUAUUCUGUGAAUGAAUGGCGUUGUGAGUGGUUAUGCCCUAUAUGUCAGGCCUCAGCCGUCGUAUCCGCCCUAAGAGUGGACACGUAUUUUCAGGACAUUUUAGCCAAAACUCCCGCUUUUGUAACCACUAUCCGAGUGAAGAGUGACGGCACUUAUGUAAUCGGCGGUCGUUUUGACGGCCAAGUGAUACAAUUGAUGGACGACUCGGUGGUCGAUGUGGUCGACGACAGCAUCUCUAAUAGCAAUGACGGCGACAAUGAUUGUAAUCGCGAGAUCAAACCCGCCGCCCGGACAGCGCGUCCAUUACUGCAUCAACUGCUCCAUCAUUUGACCCAAUGUGAGCUUAAAGAGAUCUUAGAGGAGUUCCAGUGGACGAUCUAUGAGACCGACAAAAAGGGACAACUCUUGUCAUUUGUUCAUCAGCUGAUCGGCGCGCCCGACAUCGAUGUCCAACACAUGUCACAUAUCUUUUGCUCGAUAUUUGAAAGGAAAGGCGAACCGAAGUACCGCCGGAUUGCCAACAAGUUAUUUGAUGGCGUUAAUGGCGACCGACAGCGACGACCAACACUUCAGCCAAAGCAUCCGCAACGGCCAUCACCUCAACCGUCGUCGACGGGACAGCGCGUGGACUCACCAUUGAUUGAGAACCGCUCGGAGCCAUCGCCGCCCAAAGUACCCAUCAAUGACGCCAACACUUCAUCGCCGGUCACCGCCAAGAGAUUAGACGCCAAUCUGAUGCCACGGGUGGACACAAGCGUCCGAAAGGUCGGCACAGCCUUUGCGUUCGCAUCUUUACAGAAGUAUACGCUCGUAAAGCGGUUGCACGAGACGGAAGUGUUGCCCACGAUCUCCGAUCGUGGCGUACGAAAGACAUUCGGCCUCUUUGUGGACAACUUUCCCGAAGUUUUCUCUGCGGACAGCUAUUUGUCGAAUAUCUUAAUCAAAACCCGAACGCAAAUACAGCUGCGGUUCAGUCAUACGGCCGAACCGGCGGCCAAAGACUCCGUACCCGAAGCCCUG